CACACCGGAGUAAAGAAUAUUAAAGAAAUGUAUUUGCACAAGUGCCAAGACGCUUCCUUUCCUGCGAACGAUUAUCAGAGAAAAAAAUAACAAGGUUCGCCUACCUGACUUCGUAACAUCUGGGAUUGACUCUGCAGAGGCCUGAAAUACAAAGAAUCUCCAUAAGACAGAAACUACUAUUUCCUGGCCUUAUAUAUGGAAGGGUGCAAGUCCACAGUGUUCAAGAUUCACAAACACUUAAAGAAUGAACUCGGUCAGGAAGGUGAAAACCACGAGUGUCAUGUACCUCAGAUGGCGUUAGACGAGCUCCGACAUAUGGAAACACUGUGGCUCCACCAGCUUCAACCUUAUUCAUCUGCCAGAACCAAAAUUUACAGAAGAAAUAAGUUCACCAUUUCAAAAAGUGAAUUGCAGUUUCCUUAUGUGAGCUUCUGAGAACGUGAUAUAUUUACCAACGACGGGAGUUGACGUCAAGUGUGGAUAAAAAAUAUAAAUUCUGGAUGAAGUUAUCCCUGAAGAUUGAUUCUGAAAUGGUUGAUAUCUCUGCAUGAAGAUUGAUAAUCUUUAGAGUUUUUUGCAAUUUGGUUUGAAGAAGAGGAGUGAUUCAUAAUCAACGUAUAGCUAUAAGGUUUAAGACUACAGGCGAGUAUAACCGAAUAAAUGGUCGUUAUGAAUUCUUGUUUGCACACUCGGGACUGUUCAUGCACAUGAACCCGGUUACCGAGAUUCCACGAAGCGUAUAAAGCGAAGACAUUAGACAUAUCAUUACGAAAUGUGUCGCGACCUUCAUAAAGAAUGCAUGAAAGAGUGCUAGAUCGCAAUAAAAGGUAAUGUUGACAUCCUGUCGGGUGGUAUAAAGCUUCAUUAAACAGUGUCGUGCAGAGUAUGCCCGUAAUAAACGUUAAAUGCACUUCAGGAUAGAAAAAUGAUGUUUCUUCAUGUAAAGAAUAUACGGGUGUUGCCAGGAAGGUGAAAUAAAUGAAGACGUUGUCGUGUAUCGCAGUUUUGUCUCUCAUAUCGAUCGCUUGGACUAAUGAAAAUCCUAGGACUGACGACGUUCAUUUACCAUGGUUUCACGACGCAGUCAAUUAUUGGGACUUCGACACUGCCGUAAACCAUACCAUUUUAGAUCUAAAAGGAGGUGGACGUUCAAUGAUUGAAGGGAACUACAAUGUGAUUCCUGGACCGAAAGGCAACGCGUUAGAAUUCCUUCAAACCUCGAAGAGUUCAAAGUCGCACGUCAAACUUGGAGAUUUCAGCCAAACGUGUCUUCCCAAUCCUGCCAGGUGUAAGAAUGGGUUUACUGUGUCAUUUUGGGUAAAUUUAAAGAAAGUUUUAAACGACGGAGUUUUGUUACAGCUUGGUUUAAGCAGAAAAAGUCGUGGAAUAACUGUAAACACGCUGUAUAGAGAUGGGAGAAUUUUUCUAAUUUUUCACGGGAAUACACCAAGAAAUGCCUUCAGCAUAAAGGCAGAACUUUCACCUCAUAUUUGGCACCACAUUGCACUGGUUUGGAACGUUACAGCCAAACCGAAAAUGUCUCUGUUUGUCAACUGCUCAAGAGGAAGUGAUUUUAUGUUUGGAACAAAAAAAUCUGACAAGAAAAAAGGCGAAGACAAGCUGUUGAUCUUGGGAGCCAAUCAUGGUGGGAAAAAAGCAACACCGAUUGCUGUCGAUGAUUUUGCUAUUUGGUACAAGACCUUGGGGAGGGAAAGAAUAUGCCAGAUGAUAAAUCAGGAAAGAGUGCAUGGAAACUAUUCAUCCUGGUCAGGGUUUUCUUCUUGUUCUGUUACGUGUGGUAAUGGCAUAAGGAACAGAACUAGAGUUUGUGAUAGUCCGGUUCCAGAUUAUGGAGGAAGAGAUUGCAGUUACCUUGGCCCAAAAUCCGAAGUUGAGAUGUGUAACACUCACCGUUGCCCCAUUUCAGGGGGAUACACCUCUUGGUCGGAGUUCUCAGAAUGUUCUCUGUUUUGUGGCAAUGGCAGUACAAGGUAUAGAACAAGGAAUUGUACAAAUCCUAAACCUCAAUAUGGUGGGUUAGACUGUUCUGUCAUCGGGCCAGCUUUACACACAGAAGAGUGUAACGUUCCACCUUGCCCUAUUGCUGGGGGAUACACCUCUUGGUCUAACUUUUCAGAGUGUUCUCUGUCUUGUGGCAAUGGCGGUACAAGGUAUAGGACAAGGAAUUGUGCAAAUCCUAAACCUCAAUAUGGUGGGAAAGACUGCUCUUUUAUCGGACCAGCUUUACAGAUGGAGGUGUGUCAUGUUUCACCUUGCCCUAUUGCAGGGGGAUACACCUCUUGGUCUAACUUUUCAGAAUGUUCUCUGUCUUGUGGGAAUGGCAGUACAAGGUAUAGAACAAGGAAUUGUACAAAUCCUAAACCUCAAUAUGGCGGACAAGACUGUUCUGUCAUCGGACCAGCUUUACACACAGAGGAGUGUAACGUUUCACCUUGCCCUAUUACAGGGGGAUACACGUCUUGGUCUGAAUUCUCAGAAUGUUCUCUGUCCUGUGGCAAUGGUAGUACAAGGUAUAGAACAAGGAAUUGUACAAAUCCUAAACCUCAAUAUGGUGGAAAAGACUGCUCUCUUAUUGGACCAGCUUUUCAGAUAGAGGUGUGUCAUGUUCCACCUUGCCCUAUUGCAGGGGGAUACACGUCUUGGUCUAACUUUUCAGAAUGUUCUCUGUCUUGUGGGAAUGGCAGUACAAGGUAUAGAACAAGGAAUUGUACAAAUCCUAAACCUCAAUAUGGUGGACAAGACUGUUCUGUCAUCGGGCCAGCUUUACACACAGAAGAGUGUCAUGUUUCAUCUUGCCCAAUUGCUGGGGGAUACACCUCUUGGUCUAACUUUUCAGAAUGUUCUCUUACAUGCGGAAAAGGCAGUACAAGGUAUAGAACAAGGAAUUGUACAAAUCCUAAACCUCAGUAUGGUGGGCUAAACUGCUCUUUUAUUGGACCAGCUGUCGAAAUUCAAAUUUGUAUGAUCAACCCUUGUCCCGUUGAUGGUAAUUAUUCGGCUUGGUCAGCGUUUAGUUUGUGUAGUACGUCAUGUGGUCACGGCUAUAAGAUUCGAAAUAGGACCUGUUCGAGCCCCGUCCCGAAAUAUGACGGUCGGAAUUGCUCUGGUUUGGGACCAGAUCACGAGAUAAACACGUGCAAUCUUGGGCGGUGUCCCAUACACGGCGGAUACGGUGAUUGGUCAGAGUUUUCCACCUGCUCUGCGACUUGUGGUAAUGCUUCGAAAACCAGGACCCGAACUUGUAACAAUCCCUCGCCAAGUAAUGGCGGUCGAGAUUGUCAGAACCUGGGGUCAAAUUUUGAGACAAAACCCUGCGAGACAACUGCUUGUCCUAUCCAUGGCAAUUAUUCUGAUUGGUCUGCUUAUUCACCGUGCCUUCAAUCUUGUGGAAACAGCUCGAAAUUUCGACGGCGCUUUUGUACAAAUCCAGAGCCGCGUUACGGAGGGAGAAACUGCACGAGCAUUGGACUGGAUAUAGAGAAAGCUCCCUGUAUUCAGUCGUCUUGUCCAAUACAUGGAAAUUUUUCUGAGUGGUCCGAAUUUUCGAAGUGUUCGAGCACGUGCGGAGAGGGUUCUAAGAAACGGUAUAGGUAUUGUACUGGACCUGUCCCAAGGCAUGGUGGGAACGAUUGCUCGUCCCUAGGCCCUAACGUUGAAACUGUGAGAUGUGACCUUGGACCAUGUCCGGUAGAUGGGAAUUAUUCGGAAUGGUCAAAGUUCACUGAGUGCGAUCAGACUUGUGGAAAUGGAACCCAACUGCGUACCAGACUCUGUGAUGACCCAGCUCCCAAUUAUGGUGGUAGAAAUUGCUCCAUACUCGGUCCCAGCGAGGAAACCCGCCACUGCAACCCGCGGCCGUGCCCGAUACAUGGCAACCUCAGCGACUGGUCUGAAUUUUCAGGCUGUAACAAAUCUUGUGGGUCUGGCAUCCGCAUUCGUUACAGAUAUUGUACAAAUCCUGAGCCUCAACAUGGCGGUGAUAAUUGUUCUGAACUUGGACCAACAAAAGACGUCGUAUCUUGUAAUCUGACUCCUUGUCCAAUUCAUGGAAACUAUAGCGCUUGGUCUUCAUUCGGAUCUUGUAGUAAAAGUUGUGAUAACGGAACUCAGAUUAGACGAAGAUAUUGCACCAACCCAUCACCUCGUUUCGGUGGUCGUGAUUGUAAGGUUUUUGGAUCCCCAGUGCAGUCUAAACAUUGCGAAACUCAACCUUGCCCAGAUAUAGAUUUCUUCUUAAAAUUCAAACUGGAUAAUUUAAACUGGACAGAUGAGCUUUUGGAUAACUCAAGCAGACGUUAUCGUGACCUCAACACUGAGCUGAGAUCAUCAGUUGUCGAACUCCAUGCAAAAGACGUUAUAAAGGAGAUCAAAAUCAUGGAAUACAGUUCUGGAAGUGUGAUAGCCGCUAUGGAAGUUAUAUAUUUCUCACGAAGUUUUCCUGGUGCCAUGAUUCUCUACGAUGCUUUCUAUAACGAAGGAAGAAUUGGCCCGUACAAUGUCACUCCUGUUCUCUUUACCUCAACAGACGUUCCAACUAUUGCAGUUCAAAAUCUAACGGCGUUCAAUUAUUCUUCAACAAGUCUUACUCUCCACUGGAGUCGCCUGGAAAGCCAACAAGGGCAGAGUGAAAUCCUGGGGUAUUCUGUCAUGUAUGAGGAGUUAUCGUGGACUGGAGAUGUCAAGUCAAAGAAAAUACACGUCACUGUCUUCUUUAAUACAACCAAAGGCAGGCUGAAUCGGUUGAAAAAGUACAGUUGGUAUAGAAUUAGGAUAUCUGGGAUGAACAAGCGUGGUAUAGGGAUACCAAGUGAUCCUCUGGUGGUACUAACAGACGAAGACGUACCGAAUGCCUCACCGUUUCUGAAGCCUGCGGGUUCGAACACGAGUUCAACGUCUUUGAACAUCAGAUGGAAAGCAAUGCCCCGUGCGGAUAUAAAUGGGAUUCUACGAGCUUACGUCUUGUUCUACAGACCAUAUUUUACCAACGAGGCCUUUCACAAUGUCACAGUUCUUCCAGACCAGCUUUCUGUUCAUUUAACUGAUCUCAAGAUGUUCACGCAAUACGAACUAUGCGUAGCUGGCGUUACAUCAAAAGGUGUUGGUGGAAUAUCGCCUCGAACUCUCCUGUCCACGAAUGAAGAUGUGCCGACUGCAGCACCAGUGUUUUAUAAUUAUGGUUAUGGUAAUUCAACAUCAAUCAGACUUCAGUGGCACAAAGUGCAUAGCGACCAUAAAAAUGGCGUCAUUCUUGGUUAUCACGUAUAUUAUAAACAGUAUCUUAGCAACGGUUCAUGGACUAUCAAAACUAUGAAGGAAUAUGAGACGCGUGUGACAGUUGCCAACUUAAAAAUGUUUACUAAAUAUUUGUUCCGGAUUUCCGCAAGCACAACUAAAGGAGAAGGGAUGAUUAGCGAUAGUAUCUUGAUUUCAACAGACGAAGAUGUGCCGUGCUCAGCUCCCCGCAAUCUCACAGGCGGUACAACCGACUCAAGUACAAUUUGGUUAAAAUGGCAUCGUUUACCACGCUCCUGUUACCGUGGUAUUUUGCGAGGAUACACUAUUUUCUACCGAAGAAAAAGUCGCCCCUCAGAAUGGCACAAUGUGACAGUCCCGCCCACGAGCAAAGAAGUUGUACUUGAAAAUCUUGACAAAUUUAGAAUGUACUUCUUCAGGAUUUCUGGAUACACAUCAAGAGGCCAUGGACCUGUUUCUCAAAUUGUUGAUGUGAAAACAAAUGAGGAUGUGCCAAGUGCAUGGCCAGCUGAUAUUCGUGCGAUAAAUACCAGCUCAACCAGUAUUAGAAUUUCAUGGAACGCAAUACCUUACUCCAACAUUCAUGGAAAAUUGCGUGGCUAUUCCACCUUUUUCAGAGGAGCUGGUGAAUCUGAAUGGAAAAGCAAGAAUGUCUCUGAGAAUGACUUGAGUAGUGAUAUAACAGAUCUAUGGAAAUUCACGAAGUAUGUGUUUCGUCUUGCUGGUUUCACCACGGUCGGUAUUGGUGUGGUAAGCCCUGAAUUUGAAGCAUGGACGGAUGAAGACAUCCCAACUCGCGCUCCUGAGCAAUUCAAAACUAUCAACAAGUCCAGUGCAACCUCAAUUCCUCUCAGUUGGAAACCGAUAAGCGAUCCAUUCUAUAUUCAUGGAAUCUUACGUGGCUAUAAAAUCGAGUAUUGGAAAACCUAUGUGGCAGGCGAAGCAGUGUCUAGCAGGACUGUAGUUCGAACGACUGGUCCGAAAACGUUAUCAUAUGUUUUGACGGGACUGGAGAUUUAUGCCGUCUAUAAAAUAAAGAUAAGAGCAGUAACUAUUAAAGGAAGUGGAACAGCUGUUGAAAUAUCUGCAGAAACCUGCAAGUGUGUAUCAGCGUACAGGACAAACUGGUGGAAAACAUCUCCCUAUAUUUACACAAACAACAGCAAUCUUGAGGGGAUUUUUCCAGCCAUCCUACCAAACAUGGUUGAAAAGUGCUGCGGGUUUUGUCACGAACAUGACUGGACUGUCACACAGUUCGAAGGGCACACAUUGGAUGGCCAGAGCUAUCUGAAACCCGGCGUCUCAAAAUUCCGGAAAAAUAUCGGUGACGCAAUCGAACUACAUUUUCCUAUGAGCGGUCAGAUCCAUCAAGUAAAGUACUACAAACGCUACGAGUUUAUUCCACUUGUCGAAUCCCCGGGUGUGGUGUUUCUCGUACUGCUUGAUGAUACCCAUAUUGCAUCGAUUAUGUUAUUAGAUACAAUAACAAACAGCUUACCAAUUGUUCUUCUCAUGAUUACAUUCAUUACGUUGAUUGGUAUCAUAACGUGGGGUGUGGAAAGUUUCACAAAUAAUAAGCAAUUUCCACCAACGUUUUUCGCUGGAUCCCACCAAGGAGUUUGGUGGUCCAUGGUUUCCAUGACAACUAUUGGCUAUGGUGAUAGAUAUCCUCGGAGUAUCCUGGGACGGAUAAUUGGAAUUUUCUGGAUAUUAACAGGUUCCAUUAUAAUGUCGUUUUACACUUCUGUUCUGACAUCACAGAUCACAACUGAAGUUGUCGCGAAUGAGUUAAAACUUUAUGGAACAAAGGUCGCAGUUCUUCAAAACUCCUCCGAACAUCAACUGGCUGUGAGAAAGAAUGCAUACGCUGAUUUAGAACAUCCAUAUAAUAAUCUGUACGACAUCUACAACGCUCUAUCCAAAGGUUAUGUUAAAGGAGCUCUUAUCGAUGCCUACGUCCUUGGUAGUCAAAAAGACCUGUUUAAAAACAUUGGGGUUCGAAUCAAGAAGAUUUAUGAUUAUUCCUCGGCAUAUGGAGUUGUGUUAGGUGGCGAAGCUAAAAAACUACACAAGUGUUUCCGAGGAUAUGUUAGUGAGAAUAGGAAAGAAAUUUUUAGGAUAAUCGAGGGCAAUGUUGAUAUGAUUAAGAAAACUGAUGUGAGUAAUUCAGUGAAACGUGCAAGAUCUCUGAUUGAUCCGACAUUUAUCAUUUACAAGAAAUGUCUGUUCGUCUCUUUGGUUCUUUUGUGUUUUGCUUUUCUGUUUGGGAUCUUAAUUGAGUACUUUAAAAAACCCUUAAAGCGAACUCUUUGCCACUCGAUGUACAAAAAAGAUCUCAUGAAAAAGAAAUUAUCUGAAGUGUUGAACACGCAAGCAUCUUUAAAACAAGAGAUGCGUGAAUCUUGUAUCGAGCUUUCUGACAAACUAAAAGCUCUUAAAAUCAAGCAUCGUUGUGAAAUAAAACGUUGGGUAAGAAUAAAGAAGGCUCUCAGAAGAAAAAGGCGGCCAAGUGAAGAUAGUUUAAUGCCUUCACACAGUUCUGCAGUCAGAUACGAAGAACCGUAUCUCUCGCCGAUAAUGCAAUUAAGAAAAUUGAUCACAAAUGACCAGAGCAAAGGAGGGAAUAAUAAUCAUUCGAGAAGGGUUUUAAUGGACGAAACGUUAGUGUAAUUGUCAGUGUAAUAGAGGAGAUAUUCUGAGUGUGAAUGAAACACCAGUGAGAGAAGACUCAAGACUCGGAAGAGCUGCGAACAACUGCCAUACUCAACGUGGUGUAACUUUCCCGAGGAGGCAUUUGCUCAUGAU